CCAAUUAAUCGAAUCUUCUUUUUAUAGAAUCAAUUAUCAGUAGAUGUCUAACUAAUGCAGUCAUGAGUUAUGCUGUCAUGCAUAUAUAGACAUAUAAUUUAUGUUGCAAAGAUAAUUAACCAAUUAAUGCACUCAUGACUCAUGCUGUCAUGCAUAUACAUACAUAUAACUGUGUUUUAAAACGUUCAAACGAGUCCAAAAGAAAUAGUAUCCAAUUGUUUAUGAAGAUUAAAUAAAACAUUAAUGCCAACUGCAAAGAGUUUACUUCUCAUUACCGAUCACAGUCCCCACAUGCAUCCUUAAAUACCAGUCCCAAGUAGACUCACUCUAAAAUCUAUUUUACCUUUGCGGUCCGAGUCAGAGAGUGACAAAAGAUACAACAAUGGCGAGCAAAAGCAAGAAGAAGAAGAUGGUUCCUAAGACAGUCUCUGUAGUAGACAUCGGAUGCGGCAACUGUAAGUUCCCAACCUUGUCAUCUUUUUUCAACCGUUUCUCCAAAAAGCCCCGCCGCUACUCUUCUAACUACGGCCACUACCACUCUUCCACCACCACCACCGCCUCCUCCUCCGCUAUUCCCUCCACCACCCAUUGGUUCUCCGACAACACCUCUUCCUCCUCCGCUACACCCUCCCACGCAGCCGUCGCCGUCGAGAAAGACUCCGACGACCCUUACCUUGACUUCCGUCAGUCUAUGCUCCAGAUGAUUCUCGAGAACGAGAUUUACUCCAAAGACGAUCUCAGAGAGCUUCUCAACUGCUUUCUCUCACUCAACGAGCCUUACUACCACGGCAUCAUCAUCCGCGCUUUCUCCGAAAUAUGGGAAGGUGUUUUCUCCGCCGCCGUCAAACGCCGUGGCGCCGUCCAAGAAUCUCCGCUCGUCCGUCAUCAUGGGACGUCACGUGCGUCACGUGGUUACCAUAAUCUCUACCACCGAUCGAUGUAAAAUGUAACUCGGGUUGUUAGUAAUAACUCUUUUAAAUAAGUAUCAUACUACGUGACUAAUAAUGUAUUGACACGUUGACUAUCCAUUUCACCCACUACGACGUGUCAAUAUAUUAUUGGGUUUGUGUU